GACAAUUUGAUCAUGGUUGUCAGCUGUUUACGCGGCUGCGCUGUAAACUACUGGACAAUCCCGUAUUUAUCGUAAAAUUCAUGCGUUUCAUUAUCACAAACCUACUUCGUAAUUCUACUAAGGAAGAUUUUAACAAAUAUUUGACGUCUAGUUAACAGUAUAAAAUAUAUUUCUAGUUUUGCAGUCUUGAAACGUCCGUAUGAUAAAAUAUAAAGCAAAUAGUGCUACCCGGAGAUUAAAGUCACAUAAACAUAACUCAGGAAGACUGAUCUCACAUAUGUUGCUAAUAUAGUAUAUAGUAUUUAUAUUCAAAAUGAUAAAUUUUUAUAGAAGUACACUUAAGGCCUUAUUAUUACUAUUUGUGUCGUGUAUUGCAGCAAGAAGGUUGCCGGAAGAAUACUAUCCGGAUAAUUUUUUCGCAAACCAACAGUCUUUAAAAAUAAAUGCGGCACUACAAAAACUAGAGCACGCUCCACAAUGGAUACCCAACUGGCCGGACUCCAAAAUCAAGAUGGGUCAAGUAUCAGGGGUAGCACUUGAUAAUUCAGGGCAAUUGCUGGUAUUUCACCGAGCCGAUAAUACUUGGGAUGCUAAUACAUUUUCCAUCAGGAAUGUAUAUCAAGCCAUUGGAGAGCCACCCAUCUCACAACCUACAAUACUAGUUUUUAAUGAAACUGGAGUUAUGGUCGACUCUUGGGGACAGAAUCUUUUCCACAUGCCACAUGGAAUAACAGUCGACAGCGAGAGCAACGUCUGGGUGACGGAUGUAGCUCUCCAUCAGGUGUUCAAGUUCACACCAGACAACAGAACCGCGCCAGCUUUAGUGCUCGGAGAGAAAUUCGUCCCCGGCGAUGACGACAAACAUUUCUGCAAGCCGAGCGCGGUGGCCGUGCUCGGCUCCGGAGACUUCUUUGUGGCCGACGGCUACUGUAACACUCGCAUCGUCAAGUACGCCGCAGACGGCACCAAGAUACUGCAGUGGGGGAAACGUCUGGGCGAGUCUCCGUUCGUGUUGUCAGUCCCGCACGCGCUGUCCGUGUCGGAGGACCGCUCGCUGCUGGUGGUGGCGGACCGCGAGCGAGGCCGCGUCGCCUGCUUCAGGACGGACUCGGGCGCCUUCGUCACAGCCUUCAGACACUGGCUCAUAGGACCGAGACUGUUCAGUGUAGCGUACUCGCCGAUACACGGAGGUCGUCUAUAUAUAGUAAACGGACCAACAAUCGGCCCUCCACCUGUUAGGGGUUACGUCAUAGACUUCUCGUCAGGGAGGUUGAUCCAGACCUUCGCUCCAGGCGACAGCUUCAGUAAUCCUCACGAUCUGGUGGUGUCUCCUGAUGGGACGGUCUACGUCGCGGAACUGGAUCCCCAUAGGGUCCACAAAUUCGUCGACGACACUCUAAGAAACGAGACCAAAGUUAACGUCACUAGGACGAAACCAACUACCGUCGAGGUCGGUGUAGCGGGAGGGUGGGAAUGGGAGCGUUGGGGCUCGUGGGCCGGCGCCGCUGGCAGCGCGCUAGGGGCCGCGUGCGGAGCCCUGCUCUUAGCGCUGUGCCGCGCCCGCGACGGUAAGGACAAACACACACACACAGAGGAUACCACGCAUAAACUGCUCUCGUAACACACAAUAGGCAGUAGCUAAGCUGUCAUCUAUACGACCUAAACAUUAAAGAAACGAUGUCUUUUGAAGAUUAUUAAGACUGUCGAUAGAAUCACAUUCAAGUUAAAAUAUUAAUAAUAGAUGUAUGUAAUAAUUUUUAAAUUUGCGCCUAAAAUUAGAUAAAAAGGUUAACGCUUAAAGGUUAUAUUUGUAAGUUAAAAAGGCCUGGAAAUAACAGUAGGCACUCGUCGGACGUCAUUCUACUGACUUGUGUUUGACAAUUUUAAGUUAUUGAUUCAUCUCCUUAUCUAACCUUUUGUUAGAUUUGUUUUUUACAUAAAUAAAUAAUUUUUAAAACAACAAUACUUAAAGGGACCAUUCUCACAAUUAUUUUAUUGUCGCAAUGACAUUUUUUUUUUCUUUGUAUAACGUCUAUGAUCUGAUUUUUGUUUUGCCUAGUUUAAGUAUUUAUUUUAUUUGUGGAUUAUUUUUAUUAUUAGUUGCUAUGAAGUUUAACAUGAAAUGUAAGAAAUAUUUAUUAAAAUAUAUUGAAUAGC